AUGGCAACAACGGCUCUUUCAGGCGCCGCCUUCGGUGCCGCUUUGGUAGGAGCCGGCGUCUACCAGCCCUCCGUCAUCAUCGCCCAGCUCAAGCUCGAGAACUGGCACAUGAUCCAAGCCUUCCUGGCAGCAGCGGCCAGCAGCACGUGUAUCGUCCUCGCCCUAGACAAGCUCGGCUACGUCCGCCCUAAACCCCGCAGCCCCUCCCGCCUCGGCCUCUUCUCCGAGUAUGACGGCAACAUCCUCGGCGGCGCCCUCCUCGGCGCCGGCAUGGCCCUCUCCGGCUCGUGCCCGGGAACCGUCCUCGCGCAGAUCGCCGUCGGCACGAAAUCCGGCCUCUACGUCCUCGGCGGCGCCGUCCUGGCAGGCAUCGCCUGGACCGGGUUCCUCCAGAAGGCCAUCACCGCCAACGCCGCCCACGCGGCGCCCGAAAACCCGAAGCUCACCGUCUACGAGCGCGCCGGGCUCAGCAGGGCCGUCUCCUUCGUCGGCGUCGAGGCCGUCUUCGCCGGCGUCAUCUACGCCGCGAUGAAGUACACCCCGGCCAGCCCCUACGCCGUGGUCGCGCCCGUCGUCGGCGGCCUCUUCAUCGGCCUCGCGCAGCUCUUCUCUCUGCUCGCGCGCAAGUCGAUGCUGGGCGUGUCUACGUCGUACGACGAGAUCGGGCGGUACUUUUGGUGGGCGGUCAAGGGUGGCGGCGAGAAGGGCAAGCCGGCUUCGUACAGCAACAUCCUCUUCUCCUUCGGCGUGGCUGCGGGCGCGUGGGCUCUCGCGACGACGUACCCUGCUUUCGCGCUCGGCGCAGCGGAUACGGCCGUCUCGCCGGAGCUGGCUGCCGCGGGCGGGUUGCUGAUCGGCAUCGGGUCUAGGAUCGGCGGGGGCUGCACUUCCGGACACGGCCUUAGCGGGGUGUCCAUCUUCUCGACGGCCAGUUUCGUCACCAUCGCCUCCAUGUUCGGCGCGGGAGCUCUUGUUGCUCCUUAUUUCCACUAG